GAACAUCCACGCGCGUAUACCCUCCGCUUUGAGCAGCAGCCCAAGCUGUGUUGGUGAGUCUCCCCUUCGUGAUUCGUCUACUGCUUUCAGCACAUGCAAGCAAUCCUUGCGGCCCGCCCGUGGCUGCGACCCCUCGUUCAAACGUCACGCUGUAAUCAGCUUGCCUUGAUCCCUCCACCGGGCCCAUACUACCCUAGCAUCUGCCACGAGCAGAGCGUUGUGGCUUGCGAUACGACGCGCUUUUCGUGGUGGUAGUUGCCAAGGGAAGAUCGACGGCUUGGUGGUAGUAUCGAGCU